CUGGCUGAGAGUCAGUCUCCAUCGGGCAGGUAUAGAGUGCGCACCUCUGCGACGAGGCGCUCCGUGAGGACUUUCAGAUCCUCUUCUGAGAAACUUUGCGCGAGAGUUUGGGACGAAUUUAGAGCUUUAUCUCGGAGUGAAGAAAGAUUGUUCGUUUUUUCUCCGUGUGUAGAGAGAGAGAGUUAGCCAUUAUGGGCUAUUUGAUAAGCUUGUCUAACUGAGUGCUGGAGAAAUUUGUAGUUUUUUCUGAAGGAAACGUGGAAUGAUUAAGUCUGGGAGUUCGGGUAAAUUCUGAAAGUAUGAUGUGACAGAGGGCUGAAGAAUAUUUAAAACCAGGAGAAAUUACGAAUUCAUUGACCAGGACCGCUAUCUUCACCUGAGCGAUAUGACUCUCACGUUUGGACGCCCUGACAGAAAGGAGAAAAGUAAAUAAAUAAAUAAAUAAAUAGGCAAAUAUCAGUAUGGGCCAAAACUUCCCUCACCAUGCCAGCCAUCUUUAGAAUCAACGAAACCGAGCGACAGCAGGAGAGCCAGAGAGUGGCACCACCUUCCACCGCGUCCUUGUGAAGACCGGAAACGAUGAUUCCGUUACUCCCUCUGAAACAUCACUACGAACGCAGAGCUCUUUUCCUGCGCCUAAGGGGAAGAAGAAGAAGAGGCGUGAAGAGUCUGUGGUGAUGGAUUCCAAUCCCAAGUCCGCUGGAGGACGAUGAUCUGAAACCCUGAAUUAUUUUAUUUUUUUGUAACUCUCGACGACGAACGCGAUAGACCUCAGAAUCUCUCCCUGGAUGACGCCGGAUGCUCUGUGCCAUAGUAGACCGCUUUUCUAGCUUCUGUCGUUCAAGUUUUUUUGUUUACGUUUCAGAUUCAGGAGAGCGAAGGUAGAUCCUCGACUUUCUCGCACUGCCUUUUAGUGAUGUAAACAGAUGCUAGGCCUAUGUCGCCUCUCGACGAUCUUUUUACUGCGUUUUACGUAGCUCGAGACUAAUUGCAAAAUGCCGAAUGUCCUAGACUCAGCGGACGCAAGGACACUUCUCUAGUGAACGACCUCCUCGCUAGGACACUCCCGUCUUCCUUCUGUGAAGGUAGACAUGCUAUCUGACGUGAAAGAGUACAACAAGUGGACGUGAGCAAUAAUAAUAUUUAGUAACAUGACUGAAAUGAGCUGCGCAUCUGACGGACGGAACAGACCAAAUUCGCGCAUAAAACGCUGUAGUUGUUAUAUCCAUCGCAAUGCGGAUGUCUUUUUUGUGGCUUUCGUAGUUAAUUAAUGCUGUUACGCUGUGAUAUCCAGGCUUCUUACGGGGCAUCUGAACACCUCCUGGUCAUCUUUGAAUCUGUGGUCAGGUGAUCUGGGAUGAUCAUCUGUACAGAAUAUCGCCUUUGCUUAUUUGCAUUACUGACAAAAUCAAGUCUUCAGCUGCGUUUGUAGUUUCAGAAACUUGCUGAGAAAACUGCAAGUUGCAAGAAGGACAUUUAAAUUGCGAACUGUUUAUACGAGGAAAAGGAAAAUUCUAAGUCUUUGCCGCGAUAAUUUAAGAAAACUGAAAAUUAACAUUUGAAAAUGAAGGAACUAAACGUGCGUUUUUAAAUAGGGAAAAUGAACUAUCUAGACAAGAAAAAUGAAAGAUAAGUCGAUCUAUGUUACAAAAAGUUAAGGAAAAUAACAAGAAAAUAAAGAAAAACAUUUGAAAAUGAAGGAACCUCAUCUAACCAUGCUUUUGUGAAAGGAAAUAUAAACUAUCUGCGCAAGAAAAAUGAAAGACAAGUCGAUCUUUCCAAAGAUAAUCUAAGGACAAUAUAAAAGGGAAAAAGUUACUUGGAGAAAUAUUGACGCAACGUCCCUGGGAGACAUUUCAAGAUGUCUGUGGCCUUGACAACUCAGAUCUUCCUCAAAUUAGUUUCGAUUUUGCAUUUGGCAAAGUACACGGAAUCCAAUGAACUAACUAACAGCCUCGGGUGGAACUGGGAGAUGUGGUGGACGUAUGACGGUAUAUCAGGACCAGAAUUCUGGGGCGUGAUCAACCCAGCCUGGGCCAUGUGUUCUCAAGGGCGUCGUCAGUCCCCAAUUAACCUGGACCCUAGGACGCUCCUGCACGACCCUAAUCUAACGCCUGUUUCUUUUGACAAAAAUUCUGUCAGAGGUGAACUCGUCAACACAGGUCACAGCCUAGAGUGGCGAAUCAUCACCUCGCCCCAGAGGUCGUCCGUUAACCUCUCAGGAGGUCCUCUCUCCUACACCUAUUCCGUCAGUCACCUAAGAUUGCACUUCGGCGAGAGAGAUUCUCAAGGGUCUGAACACACCAUUGCUAACUAUGCUUUCCCUGCGGAGCUGCAGAUCUACGGAUACAAUUCUCACUUGUAUCAUAAUUUUUCACAAGCCGCCAGCCAGGUGUAUGGGGUGGUGGCCGUAGCUGUACUUAUACAGGUGGGCGACAGAACGUCCCCGGAAUUAUCUACAAUGUUAGACGCGGUCCCGUCAGUCAAGUUUGGGGGGUCAGUAUCGGCGCCUUAUGACCUGAGGAUCAGCGAGUUGAUUCCAUCCACGGAGCAGUACUUGACCUACGACGGGUCACUCACGAUGCCAGGGUGCCACGAAACCGUCACCUGGAUAGUGCCAAAUAAGCCCCUAUACGUCGCCUUCAACCAGAUGCGGAAUCUGCGUCGACUCAAGCAGGGGACUUCCGACUUCAGUCGCAACGCUCCCGUAGCAAACAACUUCCGGCCAAUACAGUCGGGACAUCACAGAACCGUGCGGACGAAUAUCAUAUUCGCCAGCGACGAAAAUGAUGCGAGAUGUGCUAAAAUCAGAGCCGAAAUUCCAGUAUCAAGCGAAGGACUGGCAGAGUUCCUGACCUUCAACUAGGGAAUUAUUAUGACCUACGAUUAGCGCGCUUCUUCUUCUUCAGGAGCGGAUGGAGAAACCAAAACCUUCUCCUGCUCCUCCUUCUUCAGAAAAUAUUCAUUUUGUAUAAAGCAUUACUAUUUGUAUAUAUUUGUUAGCUAUGAAAUCAUAAUAACGAAUUCGAUCACGUGUAAAAAUAAAUCAAUGAAU